AUGGCCGCCCCGAUAUUCGUGGUAAUUUUCAUCUUCUUCACUCUCAGCCUUUUCUCUGUAGCCCUUCGCCUGUACUCUCGGUGGCUAAUGAAGGCGGGCAUCGGCUGGGACGAUGGCCUCAUCAUAGUUGCGAUGGCUUGCUGUGUUGCGCUGUUUGGCCUUUCUUGCUACUUUUGGAACUUCGGAUACGAUCGAAUUUUGCUUACAGAUAUAGGGAUCGAGAUACCCACCAUCCUGACACUCCUCCUUGCGUUCGAGGUCCUGUAUCUGUUCGCCAUGUCUCUCGCGAAAGUCAGCGCCGUCUGUCUCUACAUGCGAAUCUUCAUUCAGAAGAAAUUCCGCACGAUGUGUAAAGUCAUUAUAUUUUGCAUAAUAAUCAUGUACCUGGUAGUCUUGAUCCAAGAAUUCACGGUAUCACAGCUGGUGGUCGAACUCUGGGAUACCGAUGUACUUGAAGGCGAUACAAAUAAGAAAAAUAUCGAGAUUUGCGUCGCCUGCGUCAACAUACUAGGGAACCUGAUCGUCUUCUUGUUGCCUAUCUACCCCGUAUGGCAACUACAGAUGAGCAUCGGGGAUAAGAUUGGGCUCAUAUGUCUCUUCAGCCUUGGGUUCGGUGUUACCGUGGUCUCGAUUUACCGCCUGAAUAGGCUUGUGCAAUUAGAUCUCAGCGCACAUAAACUCAUCGCGGACGGCAGCCACAGCAUGAAUCUUUACACCCUCGAGGCGGUACUGGCAGUGUUCUGUCUCUGCGUCCCCGUAGUACGCCCGCUAUGGGGCAAGCUCCGCGCACGCCUCCGUGCCCAGACGGGACAGUCGCAGGAAAAUCUUCACGGAAACAACGUUCGCCAAAGUAUCAGUGAAGUUAAGGACCGUUGUUCCUUCGCAUGGACGAACUUCUUAACCCAAGACAACCGCACGCAGUACGAGGUUGCGAUCAGGGCGGGUACUCCAACAGCAUCAACCACGAAUCUAAACAAGUACGACACACAUGAGAAUAAUUCGACAAAUGGAGUCCUAGGAGGUUCAAGUGAAGUGAUUCAAGCUACGAAACCUCUACGUAUUAACGUCAAGAAAGAGUGGAGGAUAUCGCAUGAAACUGCCACAACCUCUCAUUGA